AUGGCUUCUCUUAGAUUAAGCUUCCUUGUAAACUUGUGCUCAAAGACCCAUUUGGGUUUUGGUCGAAAAUUCAAUACUUUUAUCUUCGCUUCUCGUGCUACCAAGAAAUCCAAAAGAGUCUCACUUUCAAUUUGUUCAGUAGGCUCUUCUUUUUCUUCUCAGAGUCCAGAAAACAUUCAAGAGACAGGCAAAGUGGACUAUGCUUCUCUAAGUGCAGAAGAAUGGAAGAAGAAACUUAUCGACGAACAGUUUUACAUAACAAGACAAAAAGGAACAGAGAGGGCCUUCACAGGGGAAUACUGGAACACCAAAACUGCUGGAACUUAUGAUUGCAUAUGUUGUGACACACCUAUAUUUGAAUCGUCUACUAAGUUUGACAAUGGAACUGGUUGGCCAUCUUAUUAUCGGCCCAUAGGGAACAAUGUGAAGUCAAAGCUAGAUUUGUCAAUUAUUUUCAUGCCGCGCCAAGAAGUCGUUUGUGCUGCUUGUGACGCCCGCCUCGGCCAUGUUUUUGACGAUGAGCCACCACCAACAGGAAAACGUUAUUGUAUUAAAAGGUCAUGUAUAAAUGCAAUAUGCGGUUCAUACCAUUUGAAGUUCAACAGGGCCGUCUCUAGCAUUUUGGAGGCCCUAGACAAGUUAAGAAAAUGA